UGUUCCUACGUCAUCAACUGUUCCUACAGAUGUGUGCACAUUCACAUAAAGGACGGUAAAGUAAAUUGAUGUCAAGAUGAAUCUGCAAACGGGGGUAAAAAAGGUAUUUGAUCCGAAGAACCCUCACGAUUUAGGGGACCCAGACGAUAAGUCCUUACGGAAAGUGGAAAUCGAAGUUUUAAUACCGAAAAUCAUGCGGGAACGUGCAAAAGAAACUCACUGCAGUAAGGAAGUGAAGGAAUUUGAAGCGUGCUGUAAAGCAAACAGUAUACUGAUGGUUUUCACAUGCCGGAAUGAAAAUUCUUCACUGAAAUCAUGUUUGACGAAAUGGUACCAGAAUGAAGAUUUUAAAGCAGAAUGCAAAAAAAUCUAUCUGGAGGAACGUUCAGAAUACCGCCGUACUGGAAUCCCCAAAAAACACCGCAUACAAAAAAUGUAAAUUAUAUUUAUUUUAACUUAUAGCUUUGUACAUAUGAAGUGCUGUUGAACCGACGAAUUAUGGUUUCUGAAACUCUGAAUUGUCUUAUAUCAAAAAUUGUGCCGAGGGUUACGACAUUUGGUUUUGAGAUUUCUAACAGCAAUAUAUCUUUAUCCGACGUUUCA